GUUCCUGCAGGGGGAAGGCAAAGACGAGUCCGCCUGCGCGUGAGCCCAGCCCCGGGCGGCCAGCCAGCAGGACAGGCUGGGCCGGGAAGCAGCGCCCGGGCCUCUCCCGGCCGCGGCAGCUUUGUGUGCAGCGCCCCCGGCGCCGUGCGGACGGGUGGAGGGCGCAGCCAUGCUGCAAUGUGCCAGGCGGCGGCUGAGCCUGCAAGUGCUGGGAAGGGAGAGUCGGGCGCAGCAGCCCGCGCGUGCGGGGCCGGAGAAGACCGCGCUGGUGCCGCAGGGCGGCAGGAGGCGGGCGCUGCUGGGCAGGGGAGGGUUUGUGCCUUGCAGGUGUGUGGCUAGCGAUCGCGCCGGGGCAGGGGGUGCGCCGCCCCUGCCUGCAGCCCAUCGCCCCCGGGCGGUCAGAGCGCUGUGUUCCGGCUCGCCCCGGCAGGGAGAUGGGGCCGAGUCGGAAGAGCAGGUCGCUGCCGCCGCAUCGCGUGUCGCGGACUCCCCCCCGGCGGCUGCCUCGCCGGCGGACCCGGGUCAGGUGCUGAGGAGCCGGAGGAGGCGAGCUUGGGAAAGGGCCCUGUCUCCCCUGGAAAGAGUGAGCCGACUGCUGCCGGAGGAGUUGCUCUCGGAAGAGAUCCGGGACAUACGGCGCGCAGAGCAGGGGGAAUCGAGGCAGGAGGACGGCAGUGAAAACAGCGACUCUCACCCGCUCCAGCGGCCGGCUGCCAGUAGGGCUCCCCCAGCACAGCCGCAGAGGGAUGAAGACAGUACGCCUGUUGACACCCAUAACACGGCGGCGAAAGAUGGGACUUUCCAAGUCGGGGACUUGAUCUUAGCCGAGUUUCGCAGAAAAACCUACACGGAGUUUAAACAUAUGCGUAACCUGACAGCUGUCGGGAAAUUGAAUAGCAAUUGGGGGGCUAUUAGCCACCUGGAGAUCAUAGGCAAGUUACCGGGCCAAAUGUUUAGGACUUCAAGUGGGUUUCAGUUCCUGAUAAGGAGACCAGCCUUAGAAGAUUUUGUGCUGUUGAUGAAGAGAGGACCUACUAUUUCAUAUCCAAAGGAUAUUAAUGCAAUGCUGAUGAUGAUGGAUAUCAACCAAGGAGACACUGUGGUGGAAACUGGUACUGGGUCUGGUGGUAUGAGUUUGUUUCUAUCAAGAGCAGUUGGGCCUCGAGGACGUGUUAUAAGUUAUGAAAUCAGAAAAGAUCACCAUGCGGUAGCUAAGAAGAAUUACAGGCGCUGGCGUGAUGCAUGGGAAAUAGGACAUGCAGAAGAGUGGCCAGAUAACGUGGAUUUCAUUAAUAAAGAUAUUUUAACAGCUGCUGAGGAUAUGAAAUCUAUAACAUUCGAUGCAGUAGCUUUGGAUAUGCUUAACCCUCAGAUUGCUUUGCCUGUUGUGUAUCCAAAUCUUAAGCAGGGUGGUGUAUGUGUUGUAUACCUAGCCAAUAUCACACAGGUUAUUGAUCUGUUGGAAGGAAUACGGACCUGCAAUCUCUCCCUUUUAUGUGAAAGGAUCAUUGAGGUGACUCACAAAGAUUGGUUGGUACUCCCUGCUAAGCGGAAGGAUGGCAGGUUAGCCCCAAGAGUGGAACCUCAACAAAUUGUAGAUGAGGAACCUCAACCAAAAGAAGGUGAAGAACUUCCUAUUCAGGAUCAAGCAGUAGUUGGAGAAAGUGACAAUAUUGACACUUCCUGAUCUACUCACCCCUAGCUCUUUUACUACUUCCUAUGAAAAGUACUAGGAGUAGUGAAGCUGAAAGUCUGGGUUGUGGAGAACAGGCAUAGCACCAAGUCCUCUUCUCCUACAAAUUUAAUUUUUUCUGGCUACAAUCAAUAUUUUUUGGGAAGCUGUUUCCUAAAUUUUGAUUGGCAGCUAUAUUAAUGGUAAAUAUAAAUGUAAACGAGAUGGCCUUUUAAUAAAUCCAGUUGCAAAUUAAAUACAUAAAAAAUAAAUUCUAAUUGGCAGCUCAAUCAUGCUAGUCAGUGAAACUUUUUAAACUUGAAUUCAGGAACUAUUGUCUUAGGGUAGCUCCCAUGUUCAGACUAUUGCUGCUUUUUGAUUAUGGUGUGUUUUUAGGACUGUGUAUAGCAGACAUUAACCAAAACAGGAUACUAUUUCUGCAAGCUGCAGCUCUGGCAAAUUCAGACAGUACAGCUCAUUCUAGCUAUAGAUUUGUGAAUAUAG